UUUACCGCUAUUAGUCUUAAGCAGGUGUCAUAUGAGAGAUCUCGCGCGCUAUCAAGUGAUAUUAGGUAAAGAUGGUGAUCAUCAACAGAACAAACAGUUCGCCAGCCUUUUCCUCUCUUGAAUGUUUUCUUUUGGACAUAAAUUUGGAUUUCAGCCAACACCUUUUCAUCGCACAUAUUCUGACUACAAUAUUAAACUCCGUAACCUCGUUCACGGCUGCUGCCGGUAAUUCUGUCGUUAUUGUAGCAGUGUGGAGGACUCCGUCGCUUCACACACCGUCAAAUACGUUUCUUUGCUGUUUGGCGCUCAGUGAUCUGACUGUCGGUUUGAUUGCUCAACCAUGUUUUGUGAUCCACAAGAUCGGGGAACUUCUCCAAGACUACAGCAUGUACUGCACCACAAGGAUAAUGACAGAAUCGCUGGGAUACAUAACGGCUGGAACUUCAGUUUUAAUCAUGGCAGGUAUAGCGAUCGAAAGAUACCUCGCACUUUAUCUGCAUCUCCGUUACACAGAAAUUGUUACCACUAAACGCAUUUUAUUUACUGCCUCUGUUCUUUGGAUGGUUUUUAUCCUACUAGCCUCUUCCAGGCUUUGGAUGGCCGAUGAUGGAGUUUUUAACAGUAUUUUAAUCCCAGUGAUAUUCUGCUGCUUGGUGUUCACUUUCUUGGCGUACACGAGAGUUCUGAAAUACGUCCGCCGCCAUGAGAAACAAAUAAACGCGACAUCGGCAGCUCUAUGCCCGGUAAAUCAUCAACUGUCAAGAAUAAUGCGAUACAAGAAAUCAACUUUAACAAUGGUGUACAUUGUGGGCAUUUUUGUUUUCUGUUACAUUCCAUUUCUGUGCGUGAAAAUUGUUCACAAGGUAGAGGGCUACACCAUAAGCGUUAAGAUAGCUUACUUGUAUGCAUCAACUAUCGUGUUUUUCAACAGUUCUUUAAACCCUCUGGUUUAUUGCUGGCGUAUAACCGACAUUCGCAGAGCUGUUAAAGCACUCUGUUUACGAUGCCUGGGAAAGAAUAAUUCGGUUGCUCCUCUAGCGUUAGCGGAACUUCGGCCAAGAAGUUGCAUGAGCGUAAGCUUUGAUGUAACCCGGCGCCCAUCGCUAAGCGUAGCGUGCUCUCAGAAAAAAAUUUCCGGGCCAGGUAACUUCGAAGGGCAUAUCUAUAAUAGGACUUAAAGCCAGCUGGUUGGUAAUUUUUCGACAAAUUGUUUGGAUAAUGCAGCAUAUAUAUCCCAUUCCCAUUCUCUUUGACCACAAGUUUCAGGGAUGAAAGAAAACAAACUUAAUAAGGCUGGAUAACAUGAAUUUCUUCACUUUUUUUAGUAGGU